GAGAGCCCAUAGGUGGCGCCGUAACCUCCUUGCUGCCUAUUUCACAUGAGCAGAGAGGAAAGCAGUAAACACCUCAUGGUUUUCUGAACUACUUUGGGCCAGAGUCAUCGUUUGAAAGACAGGAUAACUAUCUGAAGUCCUCCCAUGUGUGUAGCAGUAAAGAGCACGACUUUAUCGAUGAAUUGUGCCAAUGACUGACUCACUAGCCACGUUAACCCGAAAGGCCUGCGAGCGUCGCCGUCAAAACUUUAAAGGAAAUCUUAGCUGCUGCAUACCGGUGCGAGUGGCCGGUAGAGAGCGGAUUUGUGCCUUCCUGCCGGCAAUGUAGAUGUGCGUCCGGAUGCUGCGUUACCAGAUCCCGGGCUUCGAGCUGCGGCUCCUGGGAGAGCUGCACAAACAGCAGAACAGCACUCUCUUCUGUGACACUCUGCUACAAACUGAGGGUGUCUCUGUCCCAACUCAUGGCUGUGUCCUGGCAGCUAUCAGCCCCUACCUGUGUCAAAGGCUGUCAGCGUCUCCGCCCCCCCCCAGCCGGCCAGCAGCGCCGACUCCAGCUUAAGGCUGUGAACGCCCAGACGCUGCUGAAGCUGGUCGGUCUCCUCUACUCCGGGAAGCUGGAGGUAAAAGGAAGUCUAGAGCAGAGGGAUGUGCUGGCUGCAGCCCACCUGCUUGGGAUCAGAGACCUUGCAGAAGAGUGGAGAGAGAGGUGGACUGAGAGAGACGUGGAUCAGCCGCAGCAGAGGUGCAGCAGGUGUAGGGAGAGAGACAUGAGCACCGAAGAGCAGAGAGCGAGGGACAAAAGUAGGAGAAGAGAUGCGCAAGUGCAGGCUGGAAUGGUGGGAAAGAGGGACACGGAAACUCAGGUUGAAAUGAGAGGUUGUGCAUCCAUGUGGACCCAAACUGUGGAAGUGGCCAAUUCUUUCACUCUCCCUUUCGGGAUUGAACCUCCAACCCCCAAACCUGUAUCCACUGUAGCUCAACGGCACGACAACAUCCACAUCACCUCUCCUCAACAUUCCCCUGACUGUGUAACAUCUCUUGCGUCUUCCCCAGUCCUCUCCAGCGAUGACAUAACCUCUCCCAUUUCCUCUAGCAAAUACUCCAAUUAUCCCAGAGCUCAGGAAGACAGCACAUGCCUGCAGUUAUCAGUUUUAGAGAACAGCACAGGGGUGUUUCCCAGUGGAAGCACAGGAAAUGAAGAUGAAAAUGAUGGCCAGACAGAUGAGAGGAGAAACAAAGGGGAGCAGUCGUUACAUGCCUUGAGAGAUGACACACGACUAGAGGAAAAAAGAGAGAAGCUGUUGGAGAUGAGGAGUAGCGGCAUGGGGGUAGAGAGCUUAGCCAAGAAGAAACCGAGGCAAAUGGUAGGGACUGCACAGAUCUCCAUCAAGGUGAAGCUGAAAAGGAUGACGACAGGAGAGGCGUGGCAGGUGGUCAGUAUGCAGGACACGAAUGAGACGUCUCCAGUCAACAAAGAGACGGUUCUAGCUGUCCUCAAACAGGAUGGCUCAAAACCCACAGUACCACAGAGAGACCUCACACAAGUUGAACCUCACCCCUCUACUUCCCACACAUGUCAAAUUCAUGAACCAGAGACCCCAGUCCCUGAGUCUGAUGCCACAAACGCCUCAAAACCUCCACCUGAGCCCAGCACUACCUCUGAGCCCCAGCCAACCUCCAGUGAUCCCUGCGUCUCAAAGCCGAACUGUGCCACCCAGUCCACCCUGCUUCCUCAGCUGCAGGGCUCUGUGGAGGAAUCUGAUGAGCAGAUAGAGAAGCUGCUGGAAGAUAUAAUGAUGAGCCUCAAUAUUCUGCCCACUGUGAACUUGGACAGAAACUGCAACAGUUCUGACCACCUUCAGCCGAGCCAUGAUGGGGCACCAGCCACCUGCCAGGUCCCGACUGAAGACUGUGAAGUAAGACAGAGUCAAAUGGAUACGACUGUCAACACGGCAGGCUGCGUCUAUUAUCAUGGUCUUGAGACAGGAAAUGGUGACACGUCGUCAACAAAUACAGGUGUCGGCCGUUCCUCUACAGAUCAGAACCUGCCCAAUCCCACUAGCAGUUCAUCACAGCCUGCUAUUCUGCUUAACCAGGAGCAACAACACUCUCCUCAGUGUCACUCAUCUAUCAGAUACGCAGGGCAAAGAGGUAGAAUGAGCUGCCAGGGUACGUCUCUAUGCAGAACUCAGGAUUGUCUCUACACUGAAGCACACAGAUCAAGAUCAGCUGGACCCAUGGUAUACCACUCCAUUGGACAGGAAUUACAUUAUCCAACGUGCCAGGAAUCAUCUUCACGAGAAGAGCAAUGCCUCCCAGAGUGCUUACCUCAGUCUCAUGGAAAUGAGGCACUGUCCUUCUCUGGUUCCUUGCCUUGCAUAGAGGAUUUGCGUCUUCCUAGAUGUCUUUCUCCAUUACAACCAUGUGCCUCAGCGGUAGAGCAUCAUCCUGUACCCAAAUACUUUGCAGACAAUUGUGAUAAAAUGCUGCCACAGUCACAGCUAAUGCGGCUAUCCUGGCUCUCGUCAAGCCCACGGGCACUUCAGUUUCCUCUGAGCACCAUGGUUCACAAAGAAAAGACAUAUCCACCUUUAUCACAGGAUACAAGAAACAGCUGCCUGUCAAAGCAAAGCCAGCAACAUAUUGAGUUGAAUCCAGGCAAUGUGGAAAGCUGCACUGAAUCCUGUAGUGAGAAUGAAGUAGAGGAGAAGAGAGUGAUCUCUGGUGCUACUCAAAAUGUGGGAAAAACGAAACCUGACUGUAAGAAGAUGAAGGAAAGUUUGAAGUCAAAGUGGAAACAAUUUACCAAUGCAAGACACACAUUGGCACCAAGAGAGAGGAAGAGGAAACGCACUAACUACUCCAGAGAUGCCGUCAGUCCUGUCCUGGGAUGCAAAGAAGUUAAAAUCAGUGAUGGGACAAAUAGCACUAUCAACUUGAGUGUUUGCUCAGUCAGCUUGUCAAGCAACAAUGUCUUGGCAAAGGACAGAGAAAUGGCCACCAACUCUGGUAACAUGCCCUCCAGUUUUGCUGAGGAACCAGAUAAACUCUCAACCAUGACAGAGAAUCUGAGAGAGAGUGCUAAAGACCUAAAGGCCCUUACAAAGUCCACGGUUGUGAAUGCUGACCAAACUCGGAUCAGAACUAGGAGUUUCAUGAGGAAAACUACAGAGACAACAAGAAAGAUCAGCUCAAGUGACGUGAGCGCAGAAAGUCCUGUAGCUCCAAGCCCCAUGGCCCAGAGUUGUGAGUUUGUGAGUGAAGUAGAAGUCCCCAGACGGAAGCGUGGAAGACCACCGAUGAUAAGGUUUGAAGAUCUUAGCCUCCCUGGUCAUGCUGUUCCCAUCACUGAUAACAAGAGCUAUAAUGAGGAAAGGAAGCAGAAAAUUUCUGAGUACAAGAGACCAAAGAAGCUGAAGGAGGACAAACCAAAGAAACAGAGAAAUAGGAAGAGGGAUAAAAGUGUAGAAGUGCAGGCAAUUCCAAGGAACAUGGCACAAGAUGCAUUCACUCCUGGCCAGACGUCAGCCUUGUGGGGGAUUCCAGCGCAAAGCCUUCAGGAAUCUUGUCAGGACACAAGUAGACCACAGCUAAAUGCAGAUUCGAAGCUGACCUUACAUCCAGAGUGUGCUGGUGAGGUUAACGCAGAUAAGGACACUGUCGUAAGUCCAGUGGACAAACUCAGGGCAACCAAAUCAACCAAACCAAGGGUUAGUCUGAAGGCGUUUCAGAAUCUUAUAAAACGCAGACACUUAAAGACAAAGAAUUCAAAGGAAAACGAGAACAAGAAAAAUUCUCAUGAAACUGCAAAAAAUUUACAAAGUGAACGCAGGGCUUGUGAUGAAACAGACAGCACUUACAAAGAAUUAGAAAAGGAUGUAGACAUUGCUCCGACUCAGUGCAGAGAUGGGAUUAAAACAUCUGAUGUCAACUGUGAUGUCGCAUUUGAUAAAAAUCAGAAUCAAGUCUUCAUAACUGAGACUCACGGAUCACAAAAAGAUGACAGACACACUCAGAUUAUCAAAGAGGGGCCCUGGAGGCAGGAGCAAAACAAGGUGACAAGUAAAUCUGAGAAAGAAAAUGAAAGCAGCACCAAUGAGCUGAAAGUCUUGGACACAGUGUCAGACACUUUAGAUAGAAAAUAUUCAACAUUAGAGGGGAUUAAGGAUUACCAGAUGACUGUCACAGAUAGCAGGCGUAAUGGAUAUAUGAGAAUGUCUCCUGUGAGAGCUACAGAGGAACUUGAAGAAGAGGGAUCCUGUGAACAGAGUGUGGCUGGGAAAGCAGACACUGAAGUGGACUUUUCCAGUGAGAAGUUUGCUCUCUUUCCUGAUGAGGACCAUUCAGUAUCUUACUUUCCAGAUCCUGGACAACUGAGUGAAAAAAUACCAGAGGAGGACAAUAUUGAUGUGGGGGAAGAAGAGGUGGCCAAGAUUGCAAAUGAGAGAGGUGUUGAGAAAGAGCGUUCACUGCAGAAUCCUAACACAGCAUUGCAGAUAAACAACGCAGAGUCGCCUGCAGUCACAGAUGAGGGCUUCACAAACAGUGACAGCAGCCUGCUACUGGAAAACAACAUGACGUCCCGGACUCCCCAGAGAAUUCAUCAACCCUGGCUGGACUUUUGGACGGUCAGCAUGAGCUCAGAGUGGGGACAGGAGGAUGAAGAGGAAAUGGAGGUGGACGUUCUGGUGUGCUCCCCAGAUAAAGUCCUUCAGACCAAAGAGUGUGGAGUGGGGUCCGACGUCAUGGUCCUGAGUCCAGAGGAGGAAGAGGAAGAGAUUGAUGUGACUGAGAUUGAUGUGACUGGAGAUUAGGCAGAGAAAAC